AUGGCUGGCGCAUCGCCUCCGAAACGUGGAAGGCCAAAGAAAGACGAAGCAGUCAUGCGGAUAAGAUUAACCAAGCACAUAUAUGACAUGUGGGCUACAAAAAAGAAUUCUGUUGGGUUCUCGACGAAAACGCAUAGCGAAUUUGCAGAAUAUCUUAUGCUGAAUACAUACGAAGGUCUAAGCAUCCAAACUCCUAGUAGUGGUAAGUCGAAAAAUUUAAUUAUUAAUAAUAAUUAAUAUCAUCAAUUUCCAGCCAAUCUGAUAUUGAUGUUGAUGUGUGAGUAAACUUUUCAGUUAUAAUAUGGGUUUUUACUGUGAAUAUAAAGAAUGCAUGCCAAGUGAUUGUUGACAUGCAAUGUUCCCUUUAUAUCAUUUGUAGUGUAAAUAUUCACAGAGAGUCUACUUCUCAUAUUUCUGGACAUGAAGUCGAAGGUUUGGAGACUUUGGGCAUCAGUACAAUGGAGAACUUGUCACUCUGAAUUUGGAAAACAUUUUGGCAACCCUUCCAGUUCAGAGACAAAUACUACCAGCUCAGAUGAAGAUGAGUAAGUAUAAUUUUUCCUCAUUUGUUGUAUUUUAGUAAUUUUAUUCCCCAUCAGUGGGGUAGCUAGCGGUCAUGCUGGUCAUGCUGAGCAUGACUAAAAAUUUCCCCCAAAAUAAAGAAUUGCUUUCUGCUAAAAUUCAAAUUCAAAUCAUUUAGCUUUCCGAAACUUUCACAAGUACUUUUGACGAGAUUUUCGCUAUAUUAUGUCAUUUUCAGCAAAAUAUUGCUCAUUUGCAUAGGUUACCUAGCAACAAACAUGGCGAGUUCGUGUGAAUUUCGUGUGUUUUCGUGGUCUGGUCAUGCCCUCUGAAAUCAGCAUGACCAAGUAAUAUAUUUUAUAGUAGAAAUACUGGCAAUAUGAUUGGAUAAUGGCAACUGCGCAUGCUCAAACGCGCUGUUUUGCAACAUCUAGUCAUGCGCAUUUUCCAGAGCAUGACUUGAGCCUUUGAAUCUUUGAUACAGUCUUUCUGUUCGAGAUAAUUCACGCUCGAAUACUCCGUUCAAGGUAAGUGAUUCACGGCUUCCACAGAAGCAGAUAUUAUAAGUGAUUUGCUGAAGAAACCUUUCUCUACUCGUCAACUGGGCAAGCAAAAUAUAAUUGUAACGCAACAGCCAAUGCCGAAUUUACAAUUGACCACUGGGGAUAGAAGCUUUCAGGUGAGUUGGUACACAAAGAAAGAUUGGCUUUGUGGCAGUUUAACCAAGAAGGCAAUGUUUUGCUGGCCAUGUCUUUUAUUUUGUCCUGGAACUUCAUCAUCAUGGACGAAGACUGGCUUCAGAAAUAUGAAGGGCUUUCUGUCAGAUUGCAAAAAGCAUGAGAGGGCAAGAUUCCACAUGGCUGCUUACAAGACCUGGAAAACCUAUGGUUCUGGACCUCAUGUAGACUCUCCAUCUCACAAGCCAGACGUGACAAGAUUCAGCAUCAUAAUGAGGAGGUAAGGCAAAAUAGAGAAAUGUUAAAAAAUCUAACACAAGCUGUUCUAUAUUUGUCUAGGCAAGAGCUUGCAUUUAGAGGUCAUGAUGAAUCUAACGAUAGCUUGAACAGAGGGAAUUACAGGGAAUUGCUUGAACGUUUUGCCAGAAUGGAUUCUGUUUUUGAAAGGCAGUUACAUGGUAGGCUUGCCGAAUCGAGCUUGAGAGGGGGUGGGCGGUUUACUGCAGUUUCCCCUGAUAUUCAAAAUGAUUUGAUUAAUUGUCUUGAUAUGAUAAUAGAGGAUGAUAUUUUAAAAGAAAUGGAUAAUUGCACUUUUUUGAAUAUAUAGGUUGAUGAGGCGACUGAUGUAUCCACCAAAGAGCAGUUGAGUGUGAUCAUUCGUCUGGAUAAAGGGAGUGAUAUUAUAGAAAGGCAACUUGGGUUUGUAGAUGUUAGUUCUGACAGAACUGCAACUGCUUUAUCUACAGUUAUUAAAGGUAAGUUGAUUCAGCAUGAAAAUAUCAUGGAUAAGCUUAUUGGACAAACUUAUGAUGGUGCCUCUGUAAUGUCGGAUCAUCUCAAUGGUGUUCAAGCUCAAAUACAACGGGGGUAUCCUUUUGCCCAUUUUGUUCAUUGUGCAGCUCAUAGGCUGAAUCUUGUAUUGUGUCAAGCUGCAUCCUCUAUUGCACCUGUGAAGAUAUUUUUUAUUAACAUAGGUGCUUUUUGUACUUUUACUAGCAAUGCUCCAAGGAGGAAAGCAUUUCUGUCUUCCCAUAACCUUGAGUUUCCCAGUCCUGGUGAUACACGAUGGUACUAUAGAGCUCGUGUCAUCAAUGUUUUGUAUAAUAAUUAUGACAAACCUAUAGAAAUAUUUGAAAAUAUUGUUGACAAUCCAACAGGGUGGGAUGAUGAAACACUGAAUAAGAUGAGCAGUCAUCUAUACUUUAGAGCAGUCAUCUAUACUUUAUUCCAUCUUGCAAGACAAAAAGACUGAUUUUCAAUAUGGGAUGACCAGAGUUGAGAGAUUCAAGACAUUUAUUACUUCUCUGAGAACAGAUGCCAAAUAUUCUGAGUUUUAUGACAAAGCUGUUGAGAAAGUGGGCCCUCCAGUGACCAAGUAUGACCUGAAGCAUAAUUACAAACAAAUAUUUUUUGAAAUUCUUGAUUCCAUUGUAGGCAUGCUGACUGAGCGUUUUCACGAUAUGGAGCAUUUUAGAUUUUUAGAUCUUGUGAACCCAAGGGUAUUUAAGACUUGGAAUGGUGAAGUGCCCUCAGAGAAACUGGAUCUGCUCAAGGAAAUGUAUGGUGAUUUAUUUGACAUACCAAUCCUAGUCAGCCAACUUUGUUUUAUUUACAGGGAUAAGGACUUUCAUAAAGAUUCUUGUGGAGAGUUAUUAAAAUAUAUUUUUCAGUUCCAUGAUCUGCAAUCUAGCAUUCCUGAAGUAGUAAAGUUGCUGAAGAUGAAUGGUGUUAUAUCAGUCACUAGUGCUUCUGUUGAAAGAUCAUUUUCUUGUUUGAAGAGGGUAAAAAGGUUAUUUGAGAAAUACCAUGAGUCAAGGCCGUCUUAG